AUGGGGAGUCCGAGACAGAGGAUUACACAUGGACAAUACAGUAAGAUAGUUACUGAAGGUGCUCUGCUGCUCCUUCUCACCUUUCUUACCUGUAUGCUGAGGUGUGCACAAUGUCGAACAGCAAGCAACAUCGUCCUCAUUCUUACAGAUGAUCUAGACGUGGAGCUCGGAGGACUGACACCUUUAAGGAAGACCAGAAAUCUCAUCGGUGAUGCUGGUGCUACCUUCUCCAAUGCAUACACAGCAACGCCCCUGUGCUGUCCCAGUCGAAGCAGCAUUCUUUCUGGCAAAUAUCCACACAAUCACAUGGUCCACAAUAACUCCUUGUCAGGCAACUGCAGCAGCAAAGACUGGCAGAAGGGUCCUGAGACUCAAGCCUUACCUGUCUACCUUAACAAGCAGUAUUAUCAGACUUUCUUUGGAGGAAAAUAUCUUAAUCAGUAUGGGACUAUGGAUGCAGGAGGUGUAGCUCAUGUCCCCCCUGGCUGGGACCAGUGGCAUGCCCUGGUGGGAAACUCUCAGUACUACAAUUACACACUUUCAGUUAAUGGACAAGCAGAGAUGCACAAAGACAACUAUGAGAAGGACUACCUCACAGAACUUAUUUUUAACAGGUCAUUUAUUUUUCUGGACUCAUAUAGCCCCCAGCAUCCUUUUUUUGUGAUGCUGUGUCCUCCAGCCCCUCACUCCCCUUGGACUGCAGCUCCUCAGCACCAGAGUAGCUUUAAUGAUGUUAAGGCUCCACGUGAUGGCAGCUUCAACAAACCUGGCAAGGACAAGCACUGGUUGCUGCGUCAGGCUCCCAACCCUAUGUCUAACAGCUCAAUUAAUUAUCUGGAUAAUGCAUUCCGGAAAAGGUGGCAGACCCUUCUGUCUGUGGACGACAUGGUGGAGAAGUUAGUAAACAAACUGGAAGCCAUGAAAGUGUUGAACAACACUUACAUUUUCUUCACUUCGGACAACGGCUACCAUACAGGUCAGUUCUCCCUCCCUAUUGACAAGAGGCAACUGUACGAGUUUGACAUCCGUGUGCCGCUUUUGGUGCGUGGACCUGAGAUCAAGGCUAACCAAAGUCUAAAGGAUCCAGUAAUGAAUAUUGAUUUACCAGUGACCAUCCUUGAUAUUGCUGGAGUUAAUCUGUCUGCUUUGGAUAUGGAUGGCCAGUCUUUCUUACCACAGCUUGCACCAUCACUGCGCAAUGGCACUUCACGUCCUUACUUCUUGGUUGAAUCCACUGGUGAAGGCCAGUUUACUAAAGAUCCUGAAUGCCCCAAACUUGGCCCAGGGGUAACUCACUGCUUUCCAGAUUGUGUUUGUGAAGAUGCUUUUAACAACACAUAUGCCUGUGUUAGGACUCUAAAGGACAACAAUUUGCAGUACUGUGAAUUUGCUGACGAUGAGGGGGCAAGAGAGAAGCAUUUUCUUACAAAGAACAACAUCCAAGCCUGGCUACAUUUUACAGAAACCUACAUCAAGGCUGUCAAAACCAUGUAGGAAAUGUGUCAUGGUCUGGUGAGAAAGGUUGAGCUUUUUGGCUAUCAUUGGAAAAGGUAUAUAUGGUACAUAAACAUCACUGUGCCCACAGUGAAGCAUGGUGGUGGCAGCAUUAUGAAAAAUAGUCAAAGUAAAAUAAAUAAUGAACAGUUUCAAAUAUCAGUUAAUUUGGGCACAAAACAUUAAGACCUCUGCUAAAAAGUUGAAGAGGAAUUUUACUUUUCAGCACAACAACGACCCAAAGCAUACCGCCACAUCAACAAAAGAAUGGCUAAACCAGAAGAUGAUCAAAUAUUUGGAAUUGCCAAGCUAGAGUCCAGACCUGAAUCCAUUUGAAAAUCUGUGGGGUGACCUGAAGAGGGCUGGACAUAGGAGAUGGCUUCACAGUCCGACAGAUUUGGAGCGCUUUUGCUAUGAAGAAUGGACAAAAAUGACUAAGUCACGAUGUGCCAUGCUGAUAGACUCCCAGUCAAAAAGACUGAAUGAUGUCCUGUAUGGGUGUACAUAUUUAUGCAACCCCCCACCCCUUAAAAAAAUUAUUGAAUUGUACAGAUUAUAGGUCACAUUAAAGGUGGA